CGCGCGUACACUACCAAUAUGAAGAUUUCGAUUCUCCUUGCCGCUCUCUGUGCCGUCCUCGUCGCUGGCAUGGACUACAACGGAGCGCACAAGCCCCAAGCCGUCGCCAACGUCAACCAUAAGCGCAACUUGCGAGUGGAACAAGUUGAAGACGGAAGUGGACAAGUCCCCGACGAGAAAUCCGAGACUCAAGAGUCCAUUCUCAUUGAAGAAGAAGAUAUCAACGAGCCCGUCGACGAGGAGGAUGUCGUGUCGGAAAUUGAAGUUGAGCACAAGGACGACCAACCAGAAAACGAGCAAGACGUCGAAGACUACGAAGAGGACAAGCCUGAAGACGGCGCGCCCGAAGAAGACACGCCAGCAGAAGAGCCCGCCGACAAGCCAGCAGAUGAGCCCGCCGAUAAGCCAGCAGAUGAGCCCGCCGACACUCUCGCAGACAAGCCAGGUUCCACCGACGAACACAAGGAGGAAGCUGCGGAUGCGCACAAAGGAAAGCACUAAGAUACCGUCCAAGAAGCCUCGGCCUGGCAAUCCAAGGCGCACGUGGUAGACGUCCGCUUUGAUGCGACGAUGGCCUUGGCGUCUCUGUGCAGAUACUGAACGUUGUUGAUCUUCAGCCCAUGCGGUCCAUGGAAUUGUGAUCCAAAUAAGAAAUCUAUUUGUCACCCGUCGUACGCCAAA